UCCAGUCCAGUGUCAUAAUACAAUAUAAAUAUACUCUAUGUCUAUGUUUUUGUCAUGUCAAAUAUAAUUACAGAGGGAUUAUUAAAUAAAAUAUUAAAACGCAGCCAAAUAUUGGCUAUUUUUAAAAUGGCUAAAAGUUCUUUUGAAUACGUUAAAAGUUUUGAACUAGAUGAUACCUUAUUGCCCAAUUCAUGGAUUGUAGUAAGACUUGAUGGAAAGUGUUUUCAUAAAUUUUCUGAAGAUCACAACUUUUCAAAACCUAAUGAUUUAAGAGCGUUGAGGUUAAUGAAUUAUGCCGCUUUUACUGUUUUUAGAGAAUUCCAUGAUUUAUUAAUAGCUUUUGGACAAAGUGAUGAAUAUUCUUUCAUUUUUAAGAAACAUUCAACUCUAUAUAAUAGGAGAGCAUCCAAACUGCUCACUACCAUAAAUAGUAAAUUUUCUUCGUCCUAUGUAUAUUAUUGGAGUAAAUUUUUUGGUACAGAUAAAUUAAAAUAUCCACCAACAUUUGACGGUCGUGUUAUUUUGUACCCAUCUGAUGAUAACUUAAUAGAUUAUCUGAAAUGGAGACAAGCUGAUGUUCAUAUAAAUAACCUCUACAAUACUACUUUUUGGAAUCUUGUACUAAAAGGAAAUAUGAGCCCCACACAGGCAGAAAAACGUUUAUGUGGCACUGUGUCAGCUGAUAAAAAUGAAAUAUUAUACAAUGAGUUUGAAAUAAACUAUAACAAUGAACCUGAAAUUUAUAAGAGAGGAACAAUACUACUAAGAAAAGUUAUAAACAAUGAAGAUAACAAAAAAUCAUCUACAGUAAUUGUGGAUAUUCAUGAUGACAUGCUAAAAGAGAAGUUCUGGAAAGAACAUUCAAGCUUAUUAUCGAUUAAACCAUCCAAACAAAAUUUAGUACAUUUAGGACCAAACACAGACCUUAUUAAUGAACAGUUAAAACAAAAAGGAAUCAUACUACCUACAAAAAUUACCACAAUAUAAAUACUUAUUCAUAACAUUUAAAAUAUGUAAUAUGCUUAUUUUACCUAAGUAUUCAACUGUUUUAGCAUUGUUUAAACUAUUUUCUUACUUUUAAAAGUUUCAAUACAUUGAUAGCCAAUAAAUAGGAUGAAUCUUAUAAUUUUAUUCUAGGAUCAUGAUAAUGGAUAUAUUUAUUAUAAUUAUUUACUAUGGUUUUAUUAUUUUUUAGCCUUUUCAUAAGCUAACAGACAUUUUAUUUGCUAUCUCCUGUAGAAACUACAACAUACUGCUCAGUCAAUGCAUGAUCACAGCUAGUGCAACCUAGUUGAAACAUCAAGAUAGGUAAAUACCAACAAGAUAGUUUGUGUUAAGGCCCGGUUAAUAAUAUAAAUAAUGUACAACAUACUGAAUUCAAUAAAGAACUUGGUCACACCUGAUACUGAAAAAUAAGAUUGAAGUUAGGACUUAUAAAUAUGAGAGUAUUUAUAAAAUCAUAAUGAUACCAAGCCAACUGUCAUGUUUUUUUAUUUCAUUUCACUUCAGCAUCGUUGAACUGUUUCAUCAUGUUUAAUGUAAUGAGGUGUCAUGUUAUAUUUAUUGGUUAUAUUUGAUCUGGAAAAAUGGAACAAGUUGGAGGAGGCUUUUACCCACAUGGGACCAUAUAUAUAAAGAAUAAUUGUAAUAUAU